GGCGGCGACGACGACGACGACGCGAGACUAACGCACUCACAUCUCUCGCCGGAGCUGAGGAAGGAGGGAAGAGAGCGCUGCUAGGAUGAUGAUGAUGGGAGAGGGCGCGCACGCGCCGCCGUGGCAGCACCUGGCGCCGGUGAGCGGCGUGGAGGGAGGGGGGAACGGAGGCGGGAGGGAGAGGGACGGGGAGCUGGCCUCGCCGCCGUACCACCUGCUCGACGCGCUGCGGCAUUUCCUGCCGUCGAACGACGCGGCGGGGGUCGGGGUCGGGGUGGGCGUUGCGGAGGAGGAUGAGGAGGCCGCGGCGGUGGCGGCGGCGGUGGACGCGUACGCGUGCGACGAGUUCAGGAUGUACGAGUUCAAGGUGCGGCGGUGCGCGCGCGGGCGGAGCCACGACUGGACCGAGUGCCCCUUCGCGCACCCCGGGGAGAAGGCGCGGCGGAGGGACCCGCGCCGGUACUGCUACUCCGGCACGGCGUGCCCGGACUUCCGCAAGGGCGGGUGCAAGCGCGGCGACGCGUGCGAGUUCGCCCACGGAGUGUUCGAGUGCUGGCUCCACCCGGCGCGCUACCGGACGCAGCCGUGCAAGGACGGCACGGCGUGCCGCCGCCGCGUCUGCUUCUUCGCGCACACGCCGGAGCAGCUCCGCGUCCUGCCGCUGCCGUCGCAGCAGCAGGGGCCCAACAGCCCGAGGUGUGGCGGCGGCGCCGCCGGGGCGGCGUCCCCGCUCGCCGAGUCAUACGACGGCUCGCCGCUCCGGCGCCAGGCGUUCGAGACCUUCCUCACCAAGAGCAUCAUGUCGUCCUCGCCGACAAGCACACUCGUGUCGCCUCCGAGGUCGCCGCCGUCCGAGUCCCCGCCAUUGUCCCCCGACGCCGCCGGCGCGCUCCGCCGCUGUUCUUGGAGCGGGGUCGGGUCCCCCGUCAGCGACGUGCUCGUCUCGCUCCGGCAGCUCCGCCUCGCCUCCCCGAGGUCGGCGUCGACGGGCGCGUCGUACCUGGCCGGCUACGCGUUCGGCUCCCCGAAAUCCCCCGCCGCGCUCUACAGCCUCCCGUCCACCCCGACCAGGCCAUCCCCGGUGACGGUCACCACCGCGUCCGGCGCCACCGUCACCGUAGAGCCGCUCGACCUCGGCCUCAUCGAGGAGGAAGAGCCCAUGGAGAGGGUGGAGUCCGGGAGAGCACUCCGGGAGAAGGUGUUCGAGCGUCUGAGCAAAGAAGCCACGGUGUCCACCGACGCCGCCACCACCUCCCAAGUCGCCACCGCAGCCGGCCCCGACGUCGGCUGGGUGUCCGACCUCAUCAACUGAGCAAACCAAGAACGAGCAACAGCCAUGGCUGAGUCCGAGUAAGAUUCUUUCCAAGAUGCUACUAGCUUCUUCUCAUGGAUAGUGUUCAUGCCUCCAUAGCAAGUCACCUAGUGGAAGCAGAAGGCAGCUGGAAGAGAAAAAGAAGAAGAAAAUGGAAAAUCUCCAACAAAAAAAAAUAUUUUUCAGUUUCUUUGCUUCCUAGAUUCUCCUAAUCCUUGUACAUAUGUUCAUCUUCCGUCCUAUGUGAAUAUUCUUGGAUGCUGGGGGCCAGCAAGGGAGGGAGGCAGACAAAGGCAUGAUUUGUUUUGGGGUUUUCAGCCCAGUUCAGAUGGUGGUGGCGGCCAUGGCUGCAGUACAACAGCAAAAUCAUCAGGAUCAGAGAGACAAAUUACCAAGAGGGAGACCAGAAAAUGGAUCCAAGAUUACAAGAUACGGCUGGUAAUCUUGUA